CUGGGACACAGUAGAGGUCUAACCCUUGGUUUGCGGAGCGGUCGGGUGUAUUCUCCGCGCGCCCCCACGCCCUCGAGGCCCCCGCCGCCCGACCCACGGCGGAGCCCGCCUGCGCCUCGCGUGGGACCUUCCCGCACCGGAUCGCUCCUCGCCGGGGCGGGACCUGGCCCGGCGGCUCCAGUCACUAUGAGUGAAACAUCUUUCAACCUAAUAUCAGAAAAAUGUGACAUCCUAUCAAUUCUUCGAGACCAUCCUGAAAACAGGAUUUACCAGAGGAAAAUCCAGGAACUCAGCAAAAGGUUCACCGCCAUCCGCAAGACCAAAGGGGACGGGAACUGCUUCUACCGGGCCUUGGGCUAUUCCUACCUGGAGUCUCUGCUGGGCAAGAGCAGAGAGAUCCUCAAGUUCAAGGAGCGUGUACUGCAGACCCCAAAUGACCUACUGGCUGCUGGCUUUGAGGAGCACAGGUUCCGAAACUUCUUUAAUGCUUUUUACAGCGUGGUCGAGCUGGUGGAGAAGGAUGGCUCGGAGUCCAGUCUGCUGAAGGUGUUCAACGACCAGAGCUCCUCGGACCGGAUCGUGCAGUUCUUGCGCCUGCUCACGUCAGCCUUCAUCAGGAACCGAGCAGACUUCUUCCGACACUUCAUCGAUGAGGAGAUGGACAUCAAGGACUUCUGCACUCAUGAAGUGGAGCCCAUGGCCAUGGAGUGUGACCACAUCCAGAUCACCGCCCUGUCCCAAGCGCUGAGCAUCGCCCUGCAGGUGGAGUACGUGGACGAGAUGGACACCGCUCUGAAUCACCACGUGUUCCCCGAGGCCGCCGUCCCCUCCGUGCACCUGCUCUAUAAAACAUCCCACUACAACAUCCUUUAUGCAGCCGAUAAACACUGAUUCAUUUUAAGUGAUGCAGUGGAACCUGUCACCUAACGGGACUUCAUUCUGCAUGGAACUUUCCGGCUUUUCAGUUUUUUAAGCGAUGUAGACUGUAGCUAGAAAAGGUACAGCCUUUUGGACGAAGCCACUGGGAAUGAGGCCUAGCCAUUUUGAGCUGUGGUAACUUGGUGGUACUUUCAGUAUUUAUUGUGACGCUCAGAUGCUUUUCACGGGGCCUAACCCUGGCUCUGCACCCCAUUCCCCGAAAGACCUUGGGUGGGUCGCUUGCCCUCUGGGGACCUGUUUCUUCAGCUGGAAGAAGUUCUCACCAGUGUUGACGCUCUGUUGCCUAGAAACAGGGACCUCUGGUUUCUCUUUACCAGGGGCCGUGCCUCUCUGUAAGGGAAGAAAAGCUCAAGGCCAGCUGUUUGGACCCAGUGACUUACCAGACUAUACAGAGUCCAGCCAGUUGAACUGGGCUUUGGUGGCUGGCGGACUGGCAUGUUGGCCCGUCAAGGCUGACUCGAAUGUGAGGGCUUCAGUGUGGUUCCAAAACCAUUCACAAUGGGUGUUUUCCCACCCCUAAUUGGAGAAAAAGAGACUUUUAUGCCAAAGACGAGAAAGGGGCCGCUAGCCUUCAGCAUGAAGCUCAGGUUGUCGGGGGCCCCCUCUGUCUCAGGGCCGAAGCUGCCUGCCUUUCGAGCCUGGGCCCACCAGGGUUCUGCUCUCAGCUCCACCUACACAGGCUUGAGAAAGACUCCGGUCUGGACUGGAAUCCGUGUACUUCUGUCUGGGCCCAGGAAGCUGCAGCUGUUCCAACACCCUCAACAAACCCUAGAGGGAGAGUCUAGGUCCUCUGUCAGGUGGAGCCAUCCACACUGACUCAUGCAGCUGCCUGUGGCCUCUGUCCCUCUCCCCAUCUACAAUCUUUACUGGCUCCCAUGAGGUUAGGUGGGAGACAAGCCACGGGAACAGACAGUGGGGGAAGAUUUCCCUUGUGGCACCUGCCUGAGGAAGUGCUGAAUGAGGAAGCUUCCUCAUCUUCCACUGGACGUGUGCCCUAACUGCCUCGCUAGCUGCCUCAGGGCCUCGGAGACUGCACCUGAACUGGCAGGCAAGAUGGCACCAGUGGGGACCCAAACAAUGGCUGGGCUGGGGUGCUACAAGAGGAAAUGGAAAACGCAGGUGUGGGGCUGCCCUGUAGGUCCUUCCUUAACUGAAGACCUGCUCCGUGCAGGUUUCAUUCUGCAGGGACUUAGUAGGCUCUACUGGUGCUGCUGUGACUCCUCUGGUCACCAGACUGCCUGAGGACCGAGGAGCAAACUCCCGAGUCCUGGCACAGCGUCAGAUCUGUAUUACCCUCCUGCCUUCGUGGAGGGCCAACAGCCCUCUUAGACGUCAGGGUGCUUUAAUUCUAGGCAGGGAUCCUGGUUCUCACACUGCCCUUGGCUGGGAUUUGGACUCAAGGGCUCAAGCUAAGUGACUAUGCCACCUUUCCCCAGGAAUGUAAACCUGGCCCUAGUCCCCGUCUGGUGUCCACCCUGCUCCGAGUGGGAGUGCUGGGCUACACGGCCAGUACACUGGGAGAGCAGGGACAGUUCAGUGAUUUGUGAAUACCCUCCUCUUUGCCAGACAUGUCUCCAGGGAGGCCCUGUGUCCAAGCUGAAGGGUGUGAGCUUGCACAGUGCCCGACUGAUGCCCCGGCAGUGGGGUUGGAAAGUGGGCCCUGGGCCUUCCAGCCAGCAUGGGUGCCCCUGCUCUGGCUGUGGCUCCAGUGGUCUCCAGAGCAGCACUUCCUGGGCAGACCAGCUGGAGAAAUACCAUGUGCAUCUUGCCUAGGCCAUGCUUCCAGGGCACAGAACAUGCCAGCUUCCGCGGGACCCUCUCAGGAGAGAGGGUCCGUUUAGAGCAGGAUGCCCAGCUCUGCCAGUGGCGGAGCUGGUUAGUCAUGUUCUCACUCCCUGCUUUCCCCAAAACACUGGUCAGAAACGCUGCUCGCUCCCUCUGCACGUGCCCUCAGCGGUCCCUACGGAGGGAAAGGGGCAGCAGGAUGCAGGAGCUGUCACAGCAGUUGUCUGCGGGUGGCACCUUGCUAGUGACAGCACUUGCUGGCAACCACUUCCUGGGUGCUUUCCCCCUCGCCCUACAGAGCUACCUCUUUCCAGACUGAAAGCUGGAAGGAAAGUUGCUUUGAGAGCUUGUCCUUACAACCACACGUUUAUUCCCUUCCAAAGGGAAUCUUAGAAACCAAUGGGAACAUUAAGCAACAGAAAGAACACUGUCCUUGCUUUUGACUGGGUGCCUUUUAAAAAAAUCUUGCUAGAAGGUGCACGUGCCUGCUGGAGAAGGGGAGAAAGAAGCGAGAAAGCACCCCCAUGGGGGAUGUCAUGCUGCAAUCCCUUCUCCACUUCUCCUUUUGGGAUUUUGGGCACGCAUGUACGUUCACCCACGGUCUAGGACUCGAACUGUGUCAUAAGCCAUGUGGGAUGCAGCAGCCUUUGCCACAGCUGGCUCACCUACUGUAAGCACAAAAGGCUGAACGACCCAAGUUCAAACCUGUUUUGCCACUCAUCAGCUGUUCGGCCUGAGCCAAGUCACUUCACUUCUCAUCCCCAAUUCCCACAUUUGUGAAACGGAGACAACACCAACACAUUAAAAUGGAACGAGAUUCCGGGUGAGCACAACCGCCAUACCUGACGCUGUAAGUGCUUCACCGCGGAUGGUCCCUAGCCCAGCUUCCCCAGUGGAGCAGAGGGCACUGCCAGAUGGGGAGACAUGCCACCGCAGCAGUGGCUCUGGCUUUCCCAACGGGAGCUUCAGGGAAUGGAACGAGUCUCAGAGCCACACACACUGCCAUCCUGGGCAGAAGGCAGCACUGACUUACUGAGUGGCUGCCAGGCGCCCCAAGCCCUGUGGAUUGUGGACUAAACCCUACCACUCCCCUGGGCAGUAGGUGAAAACAUUAGCAUUAAAAUGGUUUCUCUAACAAGUGUUGUCCUGGCUUCUUCUUUUUAAAAGAAAUAUUCAAAUUGACCAAAGAGAAAACAAGUUGCCAGGCCCAGGACUCGAACCAGUUGGCCAUGUGGGAGUCCAGCACCCCAACCACCAUGCCACCUGCCAGCCUGUCCUGGCUUAAUACUGGGUAUCUGGUGUGCACCAAAGAGCAACACUAUCCUCCCUAGGGGGUUGUGUAUGUGAGUGGAUUGGCUGGAGAGACCCAUGGGGAGCCCACACACCUCACCAGGUGAGAAUGCGGAACCACCUACUCCCCUUCACCCCCUGAAAAGAACCUGCUGUUAGAGGGCAUAGGCAGGACACUGAGUCACCAGGGGAUCCACUUCUGGCUUGUGACAAGGGGUCUGAGCCACUCAUGGUACUAAGGGACCUUGAGCCUGUUUAUUAACACCACUGACCUCCACUGCAGCAUUUAGAAAAUGGAGGGUCCCCUCUUGUCCUCUGACAG